AUGAGUCGGUGGCGUCGUUCAGUGGACGAGCUGGCAGCGAGGCGGCGGCAGCAGGUCGAGUGUGAGCGCGCUCAGGAGGCUCUCAGUCGGGUCACUUCCUGUUUCCAACAGCUGGCAGCAUCACUCGGCAGCUCUGCGGACUGCAGCUUCCUGCGAGAUGAGAUGGACGAGACAAGAGCGCUAGCACACCGAAUCUGCAGCGGUCUGUCUCGGCGUCUGGUGCGUCUGCUUUCAGACGGUGACUCCGCCCUCACAGGUGUGGAGGACAGACAGGUAUCAGAACGUUUGUGGGUUCUCUUCCUGUCGUCAUUAGAGAGCUUCCUGUCUGACCUCCGUAAGGCCUGCGGUCUGAUUGGACAGUUCCCUCUGACCCAGCGCUAUGACAGACGCUCCCUAGUCAACACAG